GUGUGUGUACCUGUGUGUGAAAGCAACAGCCGGAACUUUUGGCGCCAAGGAAUUAUUGUUGUGUCUAAUUAUUUUUGUUAAAUUAUUUAUAAAUAAAAAACAUAAAAAUGCCACCAAAAAAAGGUGUAAAACGUCCAGCUCCAAAAGAGGAAGAAAUUGUUGUAGAAAAAUCCAAACCAGCAAAACAGUCUAAGAAAGUUAAAGAAAAUGUUGAAGAAAAAGUUGUUGUUGUUGCUGCUCCUGCUGCAUCAAAGAAAAAGACAGGAUUAAUUGAAAAACCAGAUUUACGAAAUGUAUUAACUGGAGGUGUUGUACUUGCUGUUGGCCAAAGUGACGUUGGUCAACUUGGUCUUGGUGAGGAUGUACUUGAAAAAACACGUUUUGCAGUGAUACCAAAUUACACUGAUAUCGUUGCAAUUGCUGCUGGUGGUAUGCACAAUGUUUGUUUAACUAAAACAGGCAAUGUUAUAACAUUUGGCUGUAAUGAUGAGGGUGCACUUGGUAGAGAUACAUCAAAAGAAGAAGGAUCAGAAACAAUACCAGGACCAGUUAAACUUGAUGGUAAAGCAAUACAAAUUACUGCUGGUGAUUCACAUAGUGCUGCAUUAUUAGAAGAUGGAAGAGUAUUUGCAUGGGGUUCAUUUAGAGAUUCACAUGGUACAAUGGGAUUAACACCAAAAGGAAAUGAACGUUUACCAAUUGAAUUAUUAUCAACAAUUAAAAUAAUUAAAAUAUCAUCUGGUGCUGAUCAUUUAGUUAUGUUAUCUGAAAAUGGACAUGUUUAUACAUGUGGUUGUGGUGAACAAGGACAAUUAGGACGUGUUGCAUCACGUACUGCUGAUCGACAUAAUCGUCAUGGAAUUGAUCACUUAUUAAAUCCAAAUUUAGUUGAAUUUAAAAUUAAUAAAAAAUUACAAUUUAGUAAUAUUUGGGCUGGACAAUAUUGUACAUUUGCAAGAGAAUAUAAUAAAGGUGAUAUUUAUGUAUUUGGAUUAAACAAUUAUCAUCAAAUUGGUUUAUCAGAUCCAAUUGCUUAUUAUCAUCCAAAAAUAUCAAAGACAUUUAAUGGUAAAGAUUGGAAUGUCAUUAGUAGUGGACAACAUCAUACAAUUGCACUUGAUAAUGAUGGACAAGUAUUUGUAUUAGGACGUAAAGAAUAUGGUAGACUUGGUCUUGGUAAAGAUUGUUCAGAUGUUACUGAAUUAACAAGGGUUGAAAUUGAUAAACAAAAAAUUAAUGAUGUUGCUGCUGGUAGUGCUCAAUCAUUUGCUGUUACUGAAUCAGGUCAAUUAUUUGCCUGGGGAAUGGGUAGCAGUGGUUCAUUGGGAACUGGUGAAGAGGAUGAUGUUGAUACACCAGUUUUAAUAAAAGGUAAGCAACUUGAGGGCAAAACAGUUGUAAGAGUUGUUGGUGGUGGACAACAUACAAUUAUUCUUGCACAAACAACAACAGCAGCAACAACUCCAACAACUAAAACAAAAAAAGAUGAUAAAAAAUAAUUAUCGUAAUUAUUAGUAGAUUUAGCUAAAUCAGCAAGUGCCACAAUUAAUAAUUUUGAUUGAAGAUAAUUAUUAUCUGUACAAUAUCAUUUUCUUUUUUUUUUCUCAUCAAACAAUUUUGUUUUGAAGUAAAAAAAAAAAUUAAGAACAAUAUCAUGACUUGUUUAAACAAAAAAAAAUAAAUAAAUAACAAUUUAUUAGAUGAUUUGAUAUAAAUUAAAUCAUUUUAAACGAAUAUUAAAAUUUGUCUCUAUAAUUUUAACGUAAUACAAAAAGAAUAGUAAUUGUGAAAUUGAAUGAUGAAAAUUAUUUUUUCAAAAUACUACAAAAUUUAUGGUAAUUUUUAUAAGAAAAAAAAAAAAAUUGUAUAAAAUUUUUGGCCUAGUUUGUGAUUAUUAUGUAGUCUUGUGGAAAAUUAUUCAAUUUUUUUUACUCAAAGUAAUUAAUUAUAAUUAAUAAUCAUUAUAGUUUUUUUUUUUUUUCAUGAGUGAAUUGUUUUAUAUUUAUUUGCUUAAUUUUUACAAUAAGUGCCUAGAUAAUUAAAUUAAAUUUCUGUUAGUUUUUGUUGUAAUUGCAUCAGUUGUUAUAUAAAUCAAUCAGCCUGUUUCAUUAAUAAAUUAAUUAAAUAAUAACAAGGUUAAAAGAUUAUUUUGAAUCCCAGAUAUUUAUUAUUUUUUUUACAUCAUUUUAUUAAUAAUAAUUCAGAAUAAUUAUACAUCAACUAUUUAUUUUAAAUUUUCAACGCAAAUUAUUUGUUUAAAUUUUUAGAAAUUAAUUAAAUGCAUAUGGAAAAAUUUUAAUUAAUCUAAAUAAUUUAAAUGAAAAUGUUGUUAAGAUGCUGGAUUUUCAGCUUUUUGCUGUUCAUUCAUUGAUAUUUGGGUUAAUUUUUUACCAAUCCUUUCAUGAAUAUCAAGAUAUUUUGAAACACAACGAUCCAAACAAACAGAUUCACCUUUUCCUAAAUCUGGCUCUGAGUAUUUUGGAAGGAUACAUUUUUUAUGACAUGCUUGAGUCAUUUUGUUAUACAUAUCAGACAUCAUUUCUAUCUCUAAAUCUUGCAUCAUUUUCAUCUUUGAUUCAUCCAGUUGAAGACCAGCCAUGAUUAUUUAUUUGUUGAUAUUUUCAAUUUAAAUAGAAUGUUUAUUGUUGUUUUUUUUUAUUUAUUAUUUUUAGUAUAUUUAUUUAAUUUUAU